UCCAAUCUGCAAGUUUUCUUUGUCGUUCAGGGAGGGGCAUGACAUAACGAUGGUAGACCAGGCCUUGUGGAGAGCGGGAUGGCUGUUAUUGUCAGGGUCAAGGGCUUCUCGGUUGAGCGUAAUGGAGUCACCGAUGCGGCAAUGUGCUCGUUAUAAGAGCCAGGGAAGUAUGUCUUGUUCAGUCUUUUCUUUCCUUCAAAGCACUCUGAGAGUCCGACAACCCAUUCCUCUUCUUCUUUUCUACCACUCCUUCGACCAAUCAUCAACAUACAUCAUGCUUUUCAACACUCUCCUUCUCACGGUCGCUGCCUUUGGCUCUUCCGCAAACGCUGCUGCAGCUGCCUAUGCACAGUGCGGAGGUCAAGGCUUCACUGGCGACAAGACCUGCGUCUCUGGCUACACUUGCGUAGCCAACGGCGUAUACUACAGCCAAUGCCUGCCCGCAAGCAACACCGCCAAGCCCGCAUCUACUUCAAAGACCUCCGCGGCUCCUGUUUCGACCUCGAAGGCCGCCAGCGGUGGUGGUAGCAGUGGCACAACCUACAAGGCCUCCUUCACUCAAUACGGCAGCGGUGAUACUUUCGGAAGUGGCAACUGCAACACCAAGACCACCGCUUGUGGUUUCUACACUUCUCCCGGUUAUUCCGCCGCUCUUUCUCAAAACGCCUUUGGCGUAGGUCCUGGCGCAGGCGCCGGUCCAGCUUGCGGAACCUGCUGGAAGUUGACCGCCCAGACCGACAGUUCCGGCCACGCCCUCUCCAACGCUGGAAACACCAUCAUCGUUCAAAUCACCAACCUCUGCCCUGCAGACGGAAACCCCCUGUGCUCGCAGAAUGGCUUGACAGGAACAAACCAAUACGGCGCCAACUUGAACUUUGAUCUCUGCUUGAACAGCGGUGCUAAUACUGCUUUGUUUGGAAAUUCUGGUGUCGGGUUGGCUGUGGGAACUGCUGUGCAGGUUUCUUGCUCUCAAUGGUCUGGUACUGUUGUUCACUGAAGAGAAGGUGAUGAGGGCAGUGGAGAGAAUUGGUUAGAGAACGGACAGUCUUUACCGUCAGAUAUUGAAACAAGGACCUAUAUGUCUUCGAUCCUUCCCGAACAUUGAAUAGCGAAAGUCGCAUCUUCAGAAGAGUACGAUCGGUCAACUCUC